GACAUCUAAUCUAAAUCUUUCUUCCCUCAACUUAAAACCAUUUCCCCUUGUCUACCCUUUCAAAGAGUACAAGGGCAUAAUCAGUCACCAAAAGUCAGCGGGUGGGUUUUAUAAAUCCCAGCUCACUAUCCAGCAAGGUGUAACAACUGUUGUGAUCAAUAUUUUACAGCAAGUCUGUUUGAGAAGUUACAAUAAAGGCUUUAGCAUCCCCGUGAGUAGCUGAAUAAUUCACAGGAGUGGCUCUAAUCGCUUUAAGCUCUUUGCAUUUGAAAGUAAGCCCAAAAUUCAGAGUAAUUCCGCAGUGAGGUGCUGUUUACAGCCCCUGAGCCGAGAGGGGAUAAAGCUUCAAGGCCUUAACUGCUUCUCAGGUGUGCUGGAGCCCAGAGUGGGGAAAAGCGGUCUCUCUUGUCAUUUGGUUUGGCUGAUCUCUUUCACGAUGAUUUCUGAAGUGCUGGCACUCAGCGAGGCAAUCGUGCCCUGCAGCCUUACAACUUCGCACACGCAGAACCCCGCACAAGCACAGCAAUAUUCCGCCAGGAAAACAAAAGCAAAAGAAGAACCGCAAUGAUCCCAGCGCUCAGCCGGUGCCCGGCCGCAUCCUCCAGCCUUCAGCCCUGCCCUCCCGGCUCGGGGCAGCGCUCAGACGGGCGGGCCCUCACUGCCGCCCGUUGCCUUUCGCUCUGGGGGGCGGACCGGCUCCUUUUCUCCCAGCACCCGAAAGCCGUGGGGCGCUGAGCUCCGACAGCCGGAGCCGAACCUUCUCUGCCAUGCCGCGCUGCCCCGGCCAUACCACCGCGCUGCCACCACCACCACCACCCCCCCUCCUUCUCUUCCUCCUCCUCCUCCCGGCUCCCCGUCCCGCCGCAGCCGGUUGUGCCGCCGUGGGGCUGUGCUGCCCGGGCCGCUCCCCGUCCUGCCGCAGCACCGGCUGGCGGCCCGACGGCUCCUACGGGGAGUGCUAUUGCGACCAGGCGUGCGAGCAAACCCUCGACUGCUGCCACGAUUACAACCAGGCCUGCCCAGUUAUCCCCUGCAUUGUAUCUCAGUGGAGUGCCUGGAGUGGCUGUGCGGAGCCUUGCAAGAUGACAUACCGUGUUCGGAGGAGGCACAUCAUCCAGGAGCCCCGGAAUGGAGGAGAGGCAUGUCCUGCCCUGGAGGAGAGGGCUGGCUGCGUGGAGUAUUGGACUGAGCAAGGAGCAGAGUGUAAACAGUCCCUGAUCCCUGCAUUAAUAACAACAGGAGGGUUUGGAAAAGCAAGGAAAAAAAGAGCUGCAGCUGAUGGCCAUGAGAGAGUGGGGUACUGUGUGGAGUUCCAGCUUGUGGCCAUCACGCAGGGCUGCCUGCACAGUCACCACUCAUACACUCACUGGAUGCAGUAUCUCAGGGAGGGCCACACCGUCUGUGUGGAGUGUCAGCACCCAGCCUUAGAUUCUGAGAGUCUGCACUGCUAUGGGGACGGCAGUGGAAGCCAAAGGAAUCAGCUGUUGCACUGGCAGGCAGUGGGGAACCCUCGAUGCAGUGGAACAUGGAAGAGAAUUCGCCAGCUGGACACUUGCUCCUGUCCUUCUGUUCACAGCUUCUUGUUCAUCUAACUCCUGACAGUCCCAGCAAGCAAGCGCUGUGAUGGUUUGUCUGGCAUAAACAUGCAGUAGCAGUAGUAACCACAACCAAAACAAUGACUUCUCCACAGCAGAGGCUGUGCUGCUUACUUUCAAGAGUUUGCUGUCUGCAUUGGGUCACGCUGAAUGCUGUACUCCUCAGUUGCCAAAGAAAUCAGGCUGGCUGUGAAGUGCUGGUCUCUGUAUAUCCAUUCCUGUAGCCUCUUCUGCCUGAGAGAGGCCUUUCUAACCCCAGUGACUUCUUUCAGAUCACCCCCUCCCUCACAUAAGAAAACAGGAAAAGUCCUCACAAAUCCAUGUUUAAUUAUUGUUUCCUAAAGUCUCACUGUAAAUGCAACAAAAACCCAACAAAAAACCCAACAGCACAGAGUGAAUUAACUCAAGUGUGUCCUUUUUGUGGCAGUUGCAUUUCUUCAUGGAUUCUGUGCUCAUAUAUCUAUUCCCUUUCCCCUCCCCCCCACCUUCUCCUGCCCCAGAUCUCAUCAUUUCAUAUUGAUCUUCAUUCCAUAUCGACCCACAGUCUUACACAGGGUUGAUCUUGCACUGCUGAGAUAAUGACAAAACUUAGAAAUGAGCCUGUUCCAAUCUGUGAGGAUUGAAGGUACCAGGGGUAAAUGGGAGUUGGACUUCACAUUCCAAGGAGCAUCUUGGAGUUGCCCCCGAAUACAGCUCAGUCCUAGAGCUCUAAAUAGCAAUUCAUUCCGGAUAUACCUGUGGAGGCUAGCUGUGGCUUUGUAGGUUUGUUUUUUAAACUGGAAAAUGUGAAUUGUUUUCUUCAUGUUUUGCUGAUUUAUAGUCAUGCUUUUCUAUAAGAAAAUGGAAAUAAAAGAGACUGGAGAUGUUCUCCCAGUAUGAUGUUGCUUA